GCACUCAAGCCACAUAAAGCGCGAACCCCUGCACCGGCACUCAGGUCACCUCUCGAGGCUGGGCACUGAAGACCUUCCUGCCCCGGGCUUGUUCUCAGGACACCUCACCCGCCGACCACUGGAACCCUGACACCAUGGACCCCACUUGCCCCCUCGGGUUGUUGCUUCUGCAGCUGCUACUGCUGCGGAGUGCGCUGGGCGAUGCUGCUGGGGCGCCACAAGGAAACAAAGCCGCGGAGACCUGCCUCCUGCCCUUGGACCUGGGGCCCUGCCGGGCGAGGAUCCCCAGCUACUACUAUGAUAGGUACACGCAGAGCUGCCAGCCCUUCAUGUACGGGGGCUGCUUGGGCAAUGCCAACAAUUUUGAAACUUGGUCAGCCUGCAAUGAAGCUUGCUGGAGGAUAGAGAAAGUUCCCAAAAUCUGCCGGUUGGAAGUCAGUGAGGGGCCAUGUGGAGAGUCCAGAGAAGAAUAUUUCUUCAAUUUAAGUUCUAUGGCAUGUGAAAAAUUCAAGUCUGGUGGGUGUCACAGCAAUAAGAAUCGCUUCCCAGAUGAAGCUACUUGUAUGGGCUUCUGUGCACCAAAGAAAGGUCCAUCAUUUUGCUAUUUCCCAAAAGAUGAGGGACUAUGCUCUGCUAAUGUGACUCGCUAUUAUUUUAAUCCAAGACACAGAGCCUGUGAGGCUUUCACCUACACUGGCUGUGGAGGGAAUGACAAUAACUUUGUUAACAUGAAGGACUGCAAACACGUUUGUGUAAAAGCCCCGAAGAAGAAAAAGAUUAAGAAGAUGACAAGGCUUGUGUUAGCCAAUAGAAGUCUAAAAAUUCAGAAGAAGCCAUUUUAACACUUUUGUUCUAUAUAUUAUGUGAUUGUUACUGUGUUUAUGAUACAUCUGAUGAAUAAUAUGGUAGCAUGAGUAAACCAAUCGCCAGUGAUUUUUAUUCACCACUUUUUUACUAAUACGAGGUACUUUUUAAGAUUUGUGUAUUUUUGCUAUUCAAAUGUGAACCCAUUUGUUUUUGAUUUACCUUUUAACAACAUUUUUAUGAGGUUGAAUUCUUAAGAUGUAACCCAAACAUGACUGACCCAUUUCUUGAGGUUGUUCUUGAGCUAUAGCCCUUGUAAUAAAUUGUUUACUUGCAACUUUAGCAAAACUUUAAAAAAUACUACAAAUGCAUAGUAUUUGUGUAGACAUUAUCAAUGUACUCCUGUUUCCAUCAUUUCAUUAAGUGAGUGUCCUGAUCAUCAAAUUCAGGUGGGAGAAAGGGUUUCUCACACCAACAGACAAGCAAUACUCAGAUACCAGUGAGUAUCUGAGAAUUUAACUCACUUUUGAUACACUAUAUUUCACAGGGAUAGCAUUGUAUUUCACAGGUGAAGGGUUUCAUCCAAGAAGACCUCCCAGUUUCUGACCCCUUCCACUUUUCCACCACAUACACACUGCAAAUAAAAUCACCAGCUAGGCUAUACAUCAGGGGUUCCCAUGACUUCCUCACUGGGUUCUAUUAAUUUGCUAGAAUCUCUCACAGAACAGAGGAAACCCAUUUACUCACUAGGUAACCCAUUUAUUAUAAAGGCUCAGGUACAGUCAGAUGGAGGAGAUGCAGAAGAUAAGGAAUGCGGGAAGGGGCAUGGAGUUUCCACGCCUUCUCUGGAUGUGUCACGCUUCACCAAAAACAUACCUUCACCAAGUAAGAAGUUCUCUGAGCUUGUCCUUUUGGGUUUUUAUGGAGGCUUCAUUACAUAAUCAUAAUUGAUUAAGUCUCCAGCCCUCUCCCUCCAAGAAGGUCAAGAGGGGAAUUGAAAAGUUCCAGCCCUCUAAUCACAGGGGUGGUUCUCCUGGCAGCCGGCCCCUGUGCUUAGGAGCUUCCAAAAGGCCCUUGGUUCACAUUACAACACUUAGGAAAUUUCAAAGGUUUUGGGAGCUGUGAGUCAGGGAGGGACUUGUGGGAGAAGACCAAAUAUAUAUAUAAGUCACAGCAUCACAGUCAUUUAAAAGACAAUACUUUUUUGACUGAAUUAAAAAGCUAGCAAAUGUAUUGAAAUCAGAAAUGAACUCUGGAGGGAAAAAAUCCACACUCCUCUCCCUUCUAUCCAUUUGUCCCUACUCACAUGUAUAUGUUUGUGUGUACAUACAGAUAGAUGAUUUUUAAUAGUUUUACUGCUGUUACAUUUUUUUCCCAAGACAUAGUGGAUUGAAGGCUACUAAAGUGUUUACCAUUUUUGUACUGUUCAAGGUGUUUGUUACAUCAGAGACCAAGCAGAAAUUUAAUAACUUAAUUCCACUGGUAAAUUAUCCGUGACAGAUAUGAUCAUUCCACUUCAAGAGUUUUUUCUUUUCUCUGAAAAAUAUUUUUUAAAUUCUUAACCUUCUGGGGCAAGAUUAAAUUUUUUAAAAGUAUGCCUCUGAUCUCACAAAAUUAUAACUGCGCCUGCUCUUUGCUUGAGCAAGCCCUCUUUUAAAAUUCAAUCCCAGAAGUCUUGUCACAAAAAUACAAAAUAGCAUAUGUGUGAGGAUAUGCAAUGAUUUAUUAUUUGGAAUAACUAAAAAUGGGAAACAAACCAGAUGCUCAUCAAUAGGGGACUGAAGAAAUUAUGGAUGAAAAUUGGGUAACACAUCUCUGUAUAGAUAUUAUCUAAUCCUCAGAAUACGUUUAAAAAAUCAGGGUCAAGAACAGUAUGAAUAAACAAACACACAUCUCAACAAAGGUAUAAAAUGAUAUUUAAAAUGGUUACUGACAGAGGGAGAGAGGAAGCAGACAUUGAACAUAUAAAUAGAGGAAAUUGAUGUAAAUGUACAUUAUCUUGUUCUGAUCUCAGCCCUUCUAAAUUUUCACAUAAUUAAAAACCAGAAUCAAAUCAGAAAGAAUAAAAAGCAUUUCCUCUAAAAUUGGAAGCAGGGCCUCCCUGGUGGCACAAGGGGUUAAGAAGCAGCAUUCUGAAGCUAUCCACAACCACUGCAGCAUGAGUUGGAUUCUCAGCCAGCCAGGGAGCUACCCACAUGGUGCAGCAGACCUUUCCUGUCUUUCCCGCUGCUCCCCUCAGCAGUGUAUUUCAGUCAAUUUGCCUGUUCUGUUCCCCACUCUGUCUCUGAUGAAUCCUCUCAUGCCCUGCACGUCUGGCCUACACGCCCAGCUCUUGUAUGCAUAACUAAAUGAAUCUUUAAAAAUAAAAUAAAAUAAAAUUGGAAGCAUACCAAAACAGUUGAACUCAGAUGAACAUCAAUUAGCAGCAUAACUACACAAAGGGUAUAUCAUUAUUUUCAGUGACUUUCAAAAUCAGUAUUUUGACUCUACCUUUUGAGGGAUAAAAUCUAAGGAUGAAAUAAAUUCUGAAGAAAUAUGAAAAUGCAUUCAGUAGUUUUAUAAUUAUUAGUUACAUUGAUAUUGUUAUUUUGAAUCUAUCACAUGUAGAAGACUACAUUAUAUAUUUCUUAAGAAAUUAAAAAUAUUUUCUGUUAUUCCACUGUUAAGCCCUUGAAGCAAUGACUACACAAUAGCAAUCAGUACAUCUGCCUUUCAGACUGUGGUCUCUAAAUACUAUUUCUAACUAAAAGUAACUUAGGGCUUUUAGGAGAAAUUGCUGAGUCAGGAAAUAUACUGGACAGGAAAUAUGAAAGAUGAGUCUAGGUGGCAAGGUAGUGAUUAGAAUUUAUGAAUCAUGUCACAAAAACAGGAGAAUCACAUAACCUAAAAUGAGAUAAUAUGAGCAUCAAAACAAAUAAUGACCACCAUACACACAAAUGCAUAAACAUGAAUAUAAAGUAAGUUCAUUAUUACUCAUACACCCACAUGCCCAAGCACAGGCAUACCUCCUUGACCAUUUUGGGAGGGUGCUAGGGCACAAUCUCAUUACUUAGAAGAAAUAUCCUUUAUCCUUAACAAUGUUACCAUGGAGAAAUAAAGCAGUUUGAGAGAGAAAGAUAUUUACUGAACAGAUGCAUUAAAAUGUUAGAAGUUACCCCUAAUGAAAGUGGCAGCUAGGAAAUGGUUAUCUGUGCACACUGAAACCAGGCCACUAAAGUUUGAUGGGGAACAAAACAGUAUCAGGGAGGAAUCAGGCUAAGUUUUUUUUAACUUAUCAAACUUUUGCCAAUAGAAAUUAUUUACUUCCUGAUCUUAAGCAGUAAAAGUGCUUACAUACCCUCCCCAGGAAGUAAUUUUGAAGAAAAAAAAAUGAACCUGGAGCUGAUCAAGCCUCUAGAUCUUUCUAUCAUAUUAGUAGUUAGGCAAUAUUGGGGAUCAAGGAACAAGUUUGAAAUCAAUCAGUCAAGUCCAUAAUGUUGGAUAUUUUAUAGACUAAGUUAAUUCUAGUUUCUCUAACAAACUGAGAUUUAAAACAAGGGGGGGGGAGUAGACAGUGAUUUAAUAGAAUAUGACAUAUAAUAACAAAAAGUAGUAUGUCAUUUAAAAGAUUGUGAUUGAAUAUGGCCUAUAUUUGUGAUUUUUUUUCACCGUAGCUUUUGAGAAUGAUUAUAACAGAAGUGUUGUGUGUCUUCUGUUUUGGGAUUGCAGAGCCUUUCACUAGGGCGACAGUAAAUACCUGGUUUGGCAUGUACUACCUUUAACACCUUGGAGUCAAAAUCCUUUGGAGAUUAUAGACCCUACUUAGCAUACAGCUGCGAUUCUCUGUUCAACAUAGUUAGGGAAUAAAUGAUUUUGAUACAACUGCUUCAACACCCCAAAUCUCUCCCAUUUAACUUUAAUGAAAUAAAUGAAGCUGUCCAGCUUGAAGAUAAGCCUAGAUUCCUACGGUUUAACCAGAUAGCCUGAUUGAAAGGUAUGUUUCACUGUGUGACAGAAAAUGACAAAAAAAUAAAUGGACUAGCAUUUUAAAACAUAGUCUUUUUAUGAAAAAAAUUACUCUGAACUACCACUCAUGAUGUCUCCUCUGUGCACACACAUUGUCACAUGUUCAACCACAAAAACUGACUUCAAGAUUGCCUGCAUCACUGUACCUCCAAGUAUUGAUAUAUAUGCUAUCUUUGCUAACAAAAUUGUAGACAGUCAAUAUAUUAUUCAGUAAGGCAUGUCCUUUGAAGUUUCUGUAUUGUAAUAGAGGUUGUAAAAUUUCAGCUAUGCUUCAUCUAGAAAUAAAUCUCUGGAGUUUCUCAGAAAGUGGAGCUAAAAAUUCAGCCUACAGAUGACCAAAAAGAACAUGAACAAAUGCUUAUCAUCUCUUAUUAUCAGGGAAAUGAAAAUCAAACCACAGUGAGACACUACACCACACUUGUGAGAAUGGUCCACCACAAAAAGGCCAGAAACAACAAAUGUUGGUGGGGACAUGGAGAAAAGGAAUCCUUUCACUGUUGGUAGGAAAACAGACCAGCCCAGCUCCUAUGGAUAAUAGUAAACAGGUUUCUCAAAAUAUUAAAAUUGCUCAGUCAUAUGACUCAGCAAUUCCACUCCUGGGUAUCUAUCCAAAGAAUGCAAAAACAAUAAUUCAAAGGGAUAGAUGCAUUCCUAUGUUCAUUGCAACACUAUCUCCAAUAGUCAAAUUAUGAAAAUAAUCUAAAUUACCAAAGACAGAGGAAUGGAUAAAAGAUGUAGUUUAUAUAUACAGUGGAAUACUACUCUGUUAUUAAAAAGAUGAAAUCUUGCCAUGUGUAACAACAUUGAUGGAAUGGAGAGGAUUAUGUAAAGCAAAAUAGGUCAGAAGGAGAAAGACAAACACCAGAUGAUUUUCCUCAUAUGUGGAAUAUAAAGAAACAAAACAAAACAGACAAAAGUAAAGCAAAACAAGUACUAGAAAUCUGUAGAAUUGAGGCUAACAAAGGGGGAGGGUGGAAGUUAAAGUGCAAAGUGGGGAGGAGUUCCAGUGGACUAUGGUGGAGGAUUAUGGGUGCUUUGGUGGUGAGUUGUACAUUAACAUACAUGUGAAGAAGUGUGAAGCUAUACCCCUAAAUCAUUUGUGGUAUUGUAAAACAAUGUUUCCUCAAUACAAAAUAAACAAUUAAAAAAUAAAAAUAAACUCAGCAUUAGAAUUUUGUCCAUUAAUCCUCUUUUGACCAUUUAUGACUUUGUAGACUCCACUAGAGUGGCAAAAACUUGUUUUUAUAAACUUCAUGCUUCCCAUUAAAAUAUAUUCUUAUGAUUUAAAAAAAAGGAAAAGUAUAAAAGUUAGAGAUUAGUAGCUUAAAAUAUUCUGUCUGUAUAUGGUGAAAAUGUUGUAGAUGGAGGCAGGCAAAUGUGGAAAUCAUCCAGAAUUAUUUCUCUUCCCUUACCUACAUAUUUAAUUGGUUGCCCAAGGUAUCUAUUCAAAUCUAUUCUAACAUCAAGGGGAGAGUGACAAGGCAGUAGGAUCAACAGACUGGAAGUCCAAGUAUGGUCAAGGGGUGGUUGGAGUGAGGCAAUCAGAGGAAUAAACUGGGAGGACAGAAGAUGGUGGUGAUUGAGGAAACUAUAUAAGCUUGAAUUUUAUGAUUAAACAGUUGUUUGUAGAGAUAAAAGUAUAAUAUAUGAUCAUGGGAAGGAGUUUUAGUGGUAGAGUGGAAGAAAGACCUUUGGAGAUGUAUGGGAUAGUACAAGGUUUGGAUAUUGGAAAGAUUUGUGUAUUUUGCAGUAGUCUUGAAUCAAAACAGGCAUAAUUACUGGAAGGAAUAAUAGUGCAUAGCUGGCUGCAAAUAUUGACAUACAAGAGGAAAUGGUUGUAAGUAGAUGGUAGCAAUUAUGAGGAUUAACAGAUGAUAUAUAAUCUGCACAGUCUUUAGAGGGUAUGUGGAGAGAUUAUUAAAUAUCUAUCAUUAUAGGGAAAUCCCAAGUCUCACACAUUUUACUAAAACUGAAAUAACAUUUACAGUUUUAAAAACCAUUGAUCAAUUUUCCUUUACCUCUUCUUUAACCCUACUUUCAUUUUUGUGUUCAUCUCUCUUAAUGCAUACAGAAUAUAAAUCUGUUGACACUUCUUCAGAGCUCAGCUCCUUAAUCCAUGAAUGCAUUUGUAACCUACCAUAUAUACUACUUGAUGUUAAUAGAUAAUUCAGCUGAGACACAAAUUGAUAUGGCCCUAGACUCCAGUUUUGCAGUAGAGGCCAGCUAUUCCUCUCUGAAACUAAAAUGGAGGUUAAUCUUACAUCUUUUGCUUAGGUGGUUCUUUUAUUUGACACUGAAGAGGUUUACCCUAGGAUCUUAGUCAUCAUCUAGACAUAAUUCAUGUGAAUCAUAGCACUAUAAUUCUCAUGACAAAUUGAUAGUCUGUAUUGUGUUUUAAAGUUAAUCUUUUUGAAUAACUUUUACUGGUGAAAUACAUUUUUUUAAACAUAGAAUUGUUGUUUGGCUAUAAUUAAAAAUUUUUCUCAACCCUAUUUUAUUUCUUGAGUUUACUGGAGCUAUAUGAAUGAUGGUUUAUCAUCAGUGUAAUUACUACCUGCUAAAAACCAAACUUUUGUUUCAAAUAUAGUCUAUAAUUUUAAGUGAACAAGCAAAGCUAUUUACAACUUUUUAACAAAUAUUGCUGUCUAUAAUAAAAUGUGGUAAAAUGUUAUUUUAGAAAUCAAACAUUUUAUGUAAAUGUCAUUUCUCAUAAGUAAUAAUCAAGUCUAGCCUAAUCGCAAGAUUAAACACUAUGCUUCAUGGAGGGUAAUUGUUUUUAAAAAUCAGGAUCUUUCUAAACUUUUGAGUCAAUAUUCCUAAGACAUAUUAAAGCAAACAUUUAACUACUAAAGACCAGCAUUUACCCUUCUUAAAAAUAGUCAAUGCUGAAAUAUAAUUGAGGUGGUUGUGGGUACACUAUCAUGGUAAUACCUAAUGAAUACCCCAAUAUUACCUCAGUUUAAAAAAAAGACAAAUGGCUAUUUCCUGAUUUUCUUUUCUGAAGAUUUGCAUCAAAUUUUACAAAAAUAAUA